UAUUAUUUAUUAUUUAUUAUUUAUUAUUUAUUAUCAUUACUAUCAUUUCUUCGUACAAUACAUGCCGAUUCUCGACUAAUACACUAACGUCGCUGAAAACUGGGUACGGGUCAAGGAGAAUCAAGCUUUUGGUGAAGAAUUGCAUAGAGGAAGUGUGAGUGAGGAUCCUUCUACCGUCUUUCAUUUUGUGGAUGGAUCGAUUUUGGAUGGUUUAUUGAUUGGGCUUUUGGAUUGUGCUAUUCGAUCAUUGCUGUCGUCGUCUAUCACUCACUCACUCACCCACCCACCCACUCACAUUGUAUAUCCAUCUAUCCACAUAGAUAGGAUUUGUGAAAGUGUACAAAGAGAUAGUCAUCAAAUCAAUUCCCUCAUCACAUCUCAUCACAUCUCAAUUCAACAUCAAUCAAUAACCUCAUCUCGUCUCAUCUCACUUCACCUCACCACCCAAUCUCGCCAUGGGUUUCUUCCCCAAUCGAAAACAUCAAGAAGCAAUCCCAGCUCAACAAACAGGAACCAUAGCCUCAGAAGGUCGCAUCACAGAUAAAAGUUCCGAUCGAACGUUAACUCCCGGUGACAAUUCAAAUCAUGUCUCGACGGCCGGCGUGGAUAUCAAGAGAGCUACCAAGGCGAGGAAGAGAGCUAUUUACAUCACCAGUUUCUUGUAUUUGAUCGCCGUCAUCUUUUUAAUUCUUACAAUAAUCGGCAAUAUAAACAACCGUGCCGUCAUCCGCGAUACCUGGUUCUUCCGACUCGACCUCACAAACAUCAUUCCCGAAUCCGUCGGCGGCGGCAUCACCCUGCAAAACUCUCUCGCCCGUUCCCUCGGCCUCCACGAUUUCUACCAAGUCGGCCUCUGGAAUUUCUGCGAAGGCUACAACGAUGAAGGCAUCACCGCUUGCUCCACUCCCCAAAACCUCUACUGGUUCAACCCCGUCGAUAUCCUCCUCAAUGAACUCCUCGCCGGCGCAACCAUUGCUCUUCCCGCUGAAAUCAACAAUAUCCUCAGUCUCAUCCGCAUCGCCAGUCACAUCAUGUUCGGCUUCUUCAUCACCGGUGUCGUCAUGAGUUUCUGCAACAUCUUCCUCUCCUUCUUCACCAUCUACUCCCGCUGGAUAUCCGGGUUCUACGCCAUCUGGACAUUUAUCUCUGCGCUUCUCGUCACCACGGCGGCGAUUAUCGCCACGGUGAUGUUUAUCAUUUUCCGCAACACGGUGACGAGUCAGGCGGGCUUGAAUAUUGGCGCGAGUGUGGGCACCCAGAUGUUUGCGUUUAUGUGGAUCGGUGCUUCCUGUGUGAUUAUCGCGUGGGUGAUUCAUGUGGGUAUGUGUUGUUGUGGGGCUAGUAGGAGGGAUGUGAAGAGUGGGAGGAGGAUGGGGAGUAAGAAGGCUUAUUCCAGUGGAGUUAUGCCCGUUGGGAUGGAGGAGAAGCGGGGUGGGAAGAAGAGGACGAUUCCGGGGUUUGGGAGGAGGAAGACGGCGGGGGAAGUGGUUUAGGUUAGGUUGGUUAGGUUAGGUUUGGUUUGGUUUAGUUUGUGAUUCCACGGUGGGGGUGGUUCUUUUUUCUGCCUACUUCUUCUUCUUCUUCUUUUCCUUUGGGAUAAAAGAUGAUGGAAUUGGGAAUAUCAUACAUAUUAUAGAGUGAGUGGAACACACGGAUAUGGAUAUGCACAUGCACAUGCAUAUCCAUCGAUGAACAUCCUCAUCCUCAUCAACAUCAACAUCAACAUCAACAUCAACAUCAACAUC